AUCCCACCCAUCGUCACUUCGAUGAUCAGUGACUGGAAAACUAUCCCAAUUUCUAGCACCUGUGACACCAAUCUCUGCUUCACCACCUGGGAUUGCUCUCAAUAAAACCUGCAAUUUCAUCCUUUAAUUUUCUUUCUCUCUCUAUCCCUCCAUCAACACCAGAUCUGAACAUUUUUCCUUCCAAUUUCUCUCUUUUGCUGGGUCAAUCGAAGGAACCCAACAGCAGCUGCUUUCCUGAACUUGUAUGCCGUCAUCCACCUAAAAAUUCCGUUCAAUUACCGUCCCAGAAAUUCGAAUCAGCUUUUGAAAUUGUCUGCAAAUACGUCUUGCUUUUUUGAGAAGAAGGGUGAUGAGCUGAAAGAGAGUGGCGAAGUCGCUUCAAGCGCUUGUAGCCCAUGCCCUUCUCUUCUCUUUCAUGCUUUUGCUCACUUUCAAGCUUGAUUAUCCUGUCACUUAUUUUUGGUGGUUCGUAUCUCAUCCUCUAUUUUUCAAAAUUUCCCUUUCGUUGCCUAGGAAGUUGGAGAAAUUGAACUUGAAAUUUUGAGUCUUGUUUGGAGUGGUUGUGCGAAACUCUGAAAAUGCCCCCAAGCUUCUGGGUUCCCACUUGCUUAACUUCAUGCUCUAUGCCAGUGAAAUUGACGACAAUGAUGAAGAAGAAGGAGAUGAGGCUGCAAAUGAUUAGGAUGAGGAUGAAGGUGAGGAGGAAGAUGGAUCUGGUGAGGACAGUGAACAGAAAGAAAGAGAAAGGAAAGGAGAGAACUGGGUUAGCAUGCAGUUCCAAGUGAAGAAUACAGAGAACUGGUGAAGACAACGAAUAGCAGAGAACAUGAGGCUAACGGAGAUGCUAACGAAGUGAGGAGGUGUAACGGAGUGUGUAAUGGAUGAGGUGAAUGUAUCAUUGUCCAUUGGACAAUUAUACAUACACCCAAACAAUCAACACCCAUCUCAACACCCAAGGCUAAAAUGAGGAGGGGUAAAUUUGUAAUUUUACUGUUCAUAAGUCUUGGGUGUUGAGAUGGGUGUUGAUUGUUUGGGUGUAUGUAUAAUUAUCCUAUUAUAUUAUAUGUAUUAAUUUAUUUAAUAUCAUGUAUAAAUGAAAAAUUAAUCUUGUG